UGACUAGAUGAUGUUUUUUUUAAAUACAAGAUGUGGGGAUUGGAUUCAAAGUCACUACUUUUUGCCAAAGAUACAUGACUUAAACAAUUUAGGUAGACCACUAAAGAUGAAUUUGAUUUUUAUUAAAAAUUAAUUUUUUUUCAUAGUUUUUUCUUUUUAAAUCCUUGUUCUUGGAUUUGUCCACUAGAAUUAACAUGAGCUUAGAUCGGUAUAAUACCUAUCUCACAACUUUUGCUCCAUGAAGAUAACGACGUCGGAUACGUCACAUUCCGCAAGCGGCAGCGCGCCGGCGUCCAGCGUCAGACUGAAAUUGAAUAGGAACUAAAGCAGCAAAAGUCUAGGAAAUCGUUUUUUUUUACCCCCAAAUCGUUAAUGUUUCAGUUUCAAACAAGACCAGAUUCGCUAAUUUUCUCAUUCGGCCGCUUUCUCCAUUGCCCAGUGACAAAUUUUCAAACAUUUCGCAGUCUCUCCGUCCCGAUGUCUACUUGGUCCUGCAAAAAGUGCACCUUCAUCAACUCACCAUCCCAAAAGACAGCCUGCAAAAUCUGUCUAUCACCUUCCUCCCCACCGCCACCACCACCAUCUUCUUCCUCCGCCCCUAAAUGGUCCUGCAAGGCCUGCACCUUUCUGAACCCUUAUAACAGUUCCGACUGCGAACUCUGUGGCACCAGGGCUCCAGCCCUAUCGCUUUCCAGUUUCAAGGAUUUGAUCGAAAUCAGCGAAGAUGCGGAUGCGGGUUCUUCCGUGGGGUCUGUGUUCUUCCCCUUGCAGCCCUGCAAGAAAAGGAAACUAGACGAUCCUGUUCCUGUGGUGGGUCAUGACGAUUUCGCUGAAUUAGGCGCAUUUCGGGACAUUAAGGCAUCGGGGAAGACGGUUGCUGAGAUGGGGGAUUCUAGUACUAGGACAAGUUUGACGUCGAUUAAGAUUUUGAGUUACAAUGUCUGGUUCCGGGAAGACUUGGAGAUGCAUAAUAGAAUGAGAGCCCUUGGACAACUUAUCCAACGCCAUUCACCAGAUGUUGUUUGCUUUCAGGAAGUUACCCCAGCUAUAUACAACUUCUUCCAGAUUUUCAACUGGUGGAAAGUUUAUCGCUGCUCGGUCUCUAAGGAUGCUCAUUCUAGGGGAUACUUUUGUCUGCUGUUGAGCAAACUGCCUGUGAAAUCCUUCAGUGUUAAACCAUUUUUCAAUUCUAUAAUGGGGAGAGAACUCUGUAUUGCCAAUCUUGAACUUCAAAACGGGAUUUCAUUGACAGUUGCCACAAGCCAUCUUGAGAGUCCUUGCCCUGCACCUCCCAAGUGGAAUCAAAUGUAUAGCAAAGAGCGCGUAAUUCAAGCCAAAGAAGCCAUUGACUCUCUCAAGGAGUCUCCUAAUGUCAUUUUUGGCGGUGACAUGAACUGGGACGACAAGUUGGACGGUCGGUUCCCAUUUCCUGAUGGCUGGAUUGAUGCUUGGGAAGAAUUAAGGCCUGGCGAAAACGGUUGGACAUACGACACCAAAUCAAACAAGAUGCUAUCUGGGAACCGUACGUUGCAAAAGCGUUUGGACCGAUUUGUUUGUAAAUUACAAGAUUACAAGGCAAGUUCCAUUGAAAUGAUAGGUACUGAUCCAAUACCUGGCUUAUCAUACACCAAGGAGAAGAAAGUGGGAAAAGAGAUGAAGGAACUGGAGCUCCCUGUUUUGCCCAGUGAUCAUUAUGGCCUGCUGUUGACAAUAAGCAGCCUGUAAUGUGAGGCUUUUGUCGUCAGUUUUGUAUGGUUGAAGCCUGCUCGAAUCGUGUUUUUUGGUCAUUUGCAGUGCUUCAAAAUGCAUGCUUUAUCGCGUGCGAUUUUGUAUCUAGCUUAAAACCAAACCGUGGGUUUAAGAUUUUGUUCUUUCUGUGUUUUUCAGCACUUUCUUGUUGAAUCUUUUGGUACAAACAUUAUGUAAAUUUGAAGGCAGCAAGAUAAUGGAACACAGAAAGAUUGAAAGAGGGUUUUCCUCUUACGGAAGAUUGAAAAUUAUUUGAGGUUCUCUUGCCUA